CUCCCGUUAUCACCAAGCAUCCCUUCCGUGACAUGGUCUGAACCCUGCCAUCUCGCGCCACCUCAUCUCGUCAUGCCAUUGCAACAGAAGCUCGGCGUCUUUGCCGGAGCUGCAUUGCUUCGCUUUCUAUUAUUUAUUCUCUUUCCGGCCUUGCCCGACCUCCUGACGGGCCGCGUCGAGAUCUCGACCCCUGUGACAAGCUUUAAGCGACUCCAAGAAGGCUUAUUUCUCUACAACAAUAAUGUCAACCCUUACGACGGUGGUGUCUUUCACCAGGCUCCCCUCCUUCUGCCUCUCUUUUCCUUUCUUCCCGACGUCAAGGCCUGGCCACUCUUCACUGCGGCUCUCUUCAUCGCUGUCGACCUAAUCAGUGCCUCGGCGCUUUGGAACAUCUCAGAGUCUGGAGAGGCCGGCCAAUCGAAGCAAUACACGUCCCCUCGCCGGUCCAAGCGCUCCAGUGGCCUACUUGUUGCCGCGUCGUUCCUAUUCAACCCAUACACGAUCGCUACGUGUCUUGGUCGAUCGACGAGCUCUUUUUCGACUUGUGCUAUCCUGCAGGCAGUCUCUGCUGCCAUCAACGGCGCCCCGUUCAGCGCCAUGGUUGCUCUGUCGUUCGCAUCAUAUCUCUCCUUGUACCCGAUUCUGCUGCUGCCACCAGUUAUCCUCCUCGCCUAUGAUCGUCAAUCUUCAAGGAAAAAGAUCGACUACGCUCCUCUGUUCGCCGCCAAAAACGUUCUCAGCGUCUCAGUCAUUAUGAGCAUCCUCUUCGGCAUGUCUUACAUCAUUACCGAUAAUUCUUGGGAGUUUUUGGCUCGCACAUACGGUAUCCAGCUUACCCUUUCCGAUCUGACACCGAAUGUUGGCCUCUGGUGGUACUUCUUCAUCGAAAUCUUCGACUCGUUCCGUGGAUUCUUCCUUGCUGUCUUCUGGCUGUUCCUGCUCGGAUAUGUUGGCGCCUUGUCGAUUCGUCUCCGUUCGCAGCCGCUGGCAGCCAUUUCGAUAUUGUUGGGCAUCUUCUCCAUCUUCAAGCCGUAUCCGUCGGUUUCGGAUGCUGGACUGUUCCUUGCUGUCCUGCCUUUAUUCCGCCAUCUGUUUCCACUUAUGCGAUACACAUUUGUUGCUUCAUCGACUGUGCUAUACUCAACCUUCCUGGGACCAGCAUUCUAUCACCUUUGGGUUUAUGCCGGUAGCGGCAACGCCAACUUCUUCUACGCCAUCACCCUGGUCUGGAGUCUGGGCCAGAGUCUGCUGGUGUCCGACUUGGCUUUCGCCGUGCUGAGGGAUGAGCUCGAUAUUGAGAGACCAGAAUUGGUCGGAAAAGAGAUCAAGCAGAUUUAAAAAGCUAUAGAGAUAGAAACAUGCUCUGGCGAGGACACCUCCCGGCUUGCCAAGUUUUACGAACCAUCAAACGCAAGAUGUAUAUUAGGCGUAAUGAAAAUGAUCUUUAAUCAUUACAUGAGAAUGAAGAUGAGAGUGAUUAUAAUGUGUCAUUAAAAGAACUAAAUCGUACAAAGAUACUGAUACAAAUGUGUAGUGUACAUGUAGUUUCUUGACCUAAUCCAAGUCUGAGGCUCGCGGGCUAAAGGCAGGUGAGGCCAUAGGUCCCAUGGCACUAUUCAGCAUGGAACCAAGCUGGCCAAAGUCACUUAGCCUGCUUCCCCCAUGAAACUGCCUCCAAGUUUGCGUUGCAAGCCCAAACGGUGGCAUUUGUCGGUAGUAAUACACUCCGAAGCUAGCGGCACAUCCAGUCGCCAGUAGUCCAAAAGCAGCAAAGAAGGUCCUCGAGUCAACACCAGAGAUCUUUUCUUCCGUGCGCCUGCGCAUCUCACUAGAGUAGUGAUCUCCAACGCCUGGAAUAUGACGGAUGACAGAAUCAGCAAACCGGCUGGUGGCUGCCGCAAAUGUCUGUUUGUCCGCAGGUGACAACGAUACCGCACCAAGCGUGGGCAAAUUCUUCGACUGAACGCUAUUAACAAACCCACAGAGCUGAGGCGCAUUAUCCUCCAUCCAAUCUCGCGCAAAAGAGCGAGGGACUGGAGCGCGGAGCAGCAGCGCAAGAUAUCCAAAAGCAAGACAGUCCAGGGAUGACAGGCCACCAGACGCGCCAAAGAAGCUGGGAUGGCCAGUUUCUUGUUUACCAGUAGCAAGAGCCUCCUCGAGUAAUCCUAGGCAAUUCUCUGAUAUACUGUACAGGCGGAUUGCAGCCGCUUGCUCUGGCGUCAUCUCGUCCUGCACCGUCUUCUUGGCCUGCUGCAGCGGCAGAUGCUUGCGAAACGACUCUGGAAUGGCCACGCUUCCCGCUGUGAUGUGGAGACCACUAUUAGGAUCCAGAUCUGCAUCCAGCUCAGCCAGACCUAAAUGCGCCGUGCGCGCAAUGGCUUCGGCGCGGAUCAGGAGCGGCUGCGUCCACGUUAGCGGGAACGGCAGCAGUGAGCUGUACGCUGGACGUGUGGUGGCGGC